CUUCUCGGUACAAUUCUCGACCGCAAAACCAUUUUCUCUCCAUCUCUGCUAUCAAAUUGCUGAAUCAGAUGCACUCCAACUUCUUCUCUUCACUCAAGCGAGUCGAGAAACGACUCAAACUCGACCACCACCGCUGCCACCAGCCACCUCAAAGCACUGCUUCGUCAUCACUCGACCAUUCUCCGAUCUCCCCUCUUUACCUUCUCUCCUCCCACCACCACCACCACCAACCCUUCGAUCCUCCUCCUCCUCGUCAAGAUAGCAGCGAAGCACCAGAAGCGUUCCUCUCUUGCUCUCCCCAGUUCCGUCCUCCGCCCAUAUCUCCGCCGCCGCCGGCGACGGAGGUCGGCGCCGGUUCGGCCGGCGACAUCGACCGGUUGAUGCGGAUGCUGGGUUUGGGGAACCGCGAGCUGGAACCUCGCGGAGGGGGAGCGGGUUGCGGGGACGCCGGGGUUUGCGGGUGCGCUGGAGGGUUCUACGAGCGAGUCGCCGGCGUGAAGGGUCCCAAGUGCCGGAAGGAGGCGGAGAGAUUGGAUCGGUGGAUUGAGUACUUCUUGAACGGCGGCGCCGGUGGUGAGGAUGAGAGGGUUGAGCCGUUGAGGUUGGUGCAUCUGCUUCUGGGUAAAGCUGCGUCUGUUUGCGAGGGUGGUGGUUGCGGUUCUGGUGGGUUGGUGUUUCCUUCCACUGUUGAUGAGUUCCUUCGUGUUGAUCCUCCUGGUCCUGAUGAUUCAGGCCGAAAAAGGGGAAGCUCAGGACGAGCAGCUGGAUUCUUUGAUGUGAUAAGGAUAAACAAUGCAAGUAACUAGACUGUGAAAGAUAUUCAAGACUGGGUUGAGAUCUUUUAUUUCGUCAUGCCAAACCCGCUAAAAUUUACGAAGAAAGGGGACAAAAAGAGCAAGUGAACAUAAUCCUGCUUUAUAAUUGGUUCAGCUAGUACAAGAACCAGCAGGAGUCAACUAGCAUGCUGUUUACAAUGCUUUCCAGAUCUCAUAGCAUUAAAAGUUUUCAAGUUUUAGCUUGCCUAGCCCUUUAAUUUUAAAAGGGCUGUCAGGACCUCAUCUAUGUCUGGUCGGUUUGCCGGAUCUGGAGAAGUGCACUGAUGAGCCAGUUGGAAGAGCUUUUCUAUGGUUUCCUGCUGCUCCUUGGAAACAUUUGAAGCUAGCAGAGGGUCCGAGAUUUGGAAAAUCCCAUUGGUUCCGUUUGCAAGAACCGUCUCUGCCAGUUGAUGCAAACUGAUUGGGGAUUCGUUCUCCUGAGUGAGCGCAGUCGGUCUCCUUCUUGUUAGCAGCUCCAGCAUUAUUGUUCCAAAGCUAAAAAUAUCCACCUUUGUUGUGACUUUUCGCAUGUAGGCAAAUUCUGGCCGAAGGGAGAAAAAAGAAUAUACUGAUUGAGUGACAGAUAGCCAAGAGUUGUUAUUUAUGGCUUAGAAAUUGCACCAGAACAGAUCAGGAAAGAGAGUUCAGACGGAGGAGGAAUCAUAGGACAUUACUCAGUUCUCAUGCAAAUCAUUAUCAUGCUAAUUAGAAUGAACGUAUUGAAUGCCAGCUUUGAUGAUUUGUGUUUCAACUCUAUGGCCGACAAGUCAGUAUAUAUCUAUUCCCA